AUGGCUCUCCAGAAAUACUCGUUGCAAGUGAAGCAUAUACCGGGGAAAGAACUGCUGCUAGCAGACGCACUUUCACGUUUUCCCGCUAAGGAAACACUGGAAGAAGAGGAAAAGUUCCGAGUAAACGCGCUAGAGCACAUACCAGUUCCUCAAGACCGCCUUCAAGAAAUCCGAGAGGCAACCGCAAGUGACGCACAACUGCAACUGCUGCGUCAGUAUGCGCGGACUGCAUGGCCGGAAGAGAAAGACCAAGUGCCGCAACUUGGAAGGCCUUUUUGGUCAUACCGGAAGGAAAUCUAUGAAGAAGAUGGACUUGUACUCCGAUCGAACAAGCUAGUUAUACCUACAGCUAUUAGGCAAAAGAUCAUCAACCUGCUGCACGCAGCACACGCAGGCAAGGAGAAGAUGAAAAGAAGAGCUCGAGAUAUCCUGUUUUGGCCAGGAAUCAACGCUGACAUCGAGGGCAAGUACGACAACUGCAGCAUAUGUCAAAAGUACAAGCCCAGAAAUGUCAAGAUGCCACUCUUGAGUCAUGGGGUGCCAGCACUGCCUUGGCAGUAUGUUAGUGUGGAUUUCUUUACUCAUCAAGGACGGGAUUUCAUAAUCAUGUUGGACUGCAACUCAUUUAACUUCGAGGUCGAAGAAAUGAAAACCACCACAGCUUCCAAAGUUAAAGAGUUUUGCUUGAAGGCCUUCGCAACACACGGACUCCCUUCAAAACUUUUAAGUGAUAAUGGCCCGCCGUUUGGGAGCCACGACUUCAAAAAGUUCCUGAAAAACUUGAAGAUCGAGCAAGUAGCUUCAAGCCCUUACCAUGCCCGAUCAAAUGGCAUGGCCGAACGAGCCGUGAGGCAGGCGAAACAAUUGCUGAGAAAAAGUGCAAACACGGAAGAGUUUUACUAUGCACUUCUUGAAUGGCGCAACACUCCACGAGACGAGGUCCUCCAAUCACCAGUACAAAGAUUGAUGAGCCGGCAUACAAGAACGCUGUUGCCCGCCAGGCUUGAACAUUACCUACCUGUUACCGUACCGCCCGAAGCCGUCACACAACGCCUCACAUAA